AUGGCAGCAAUAAAUAGAGCCAAUGAAAUAGUUAAAAAACCUAAAGUAAGCAAACGACAACUCCUGAAGGAGAUCAAUGAAAAGCGUGAAUCCAACUGCUUAGUGGAAAGAAGUAAUCAAGUCAGCUUAUUGAGAGUUCAAAAGAGGCACUUUAGCAGAGCCUAUCAGUCCUGUACUCACACCACAAGCAAAGAAUCUGUUCCUGACAGUGGCAGGAGCUCCUGGGUCAAACUGAGUCUCCUUGUUUACCCCGAGAGAAGGCACUUUCCACCAAAAAGUAAGAUGUUAUGGCAGGACUCCUACACAAUGGAUAGGAGGGAUUUAGAAGUAAACUUAGCAAGAAUUUGGGCGGUUGAAAGAAGUUCACAAGUGCUGCCCUGGGGAAGUUUAAAGGCAAUCUGUCUGAAAGUAAAAGGCUCAUUAAACUAG